UACAUUUUACGCACGGUUGUUAACCUCCAAGUUCAAGGUUCCAACCCAUAUUAGUUGAGGCAUAGGCCUAUGAUGUUUUUGUAAACCAUCUAAUGUAUAAAAUAAAGUAUUUCAAGGUUAAGUUCUAAUGUAAAAUAUAUAAUUAUUUGUGCUUAAUUCUGAACAUCUAAAAAGAUGUUUGUUUUAUUACCAAAAUGUCAAUAACGUGAAUCUCAUCAUGAGUUAACUUAGACUAAUUUAAAAUAAGUUUUCUAAAAAUACAGAUUUUCUAAAAUAUUGUAGUGUUUCCACCUCUUAAAUAUCAUAGGUUAAGCACUUUUUCAAAAUGAUAAGUCGUAAAUACAAAUGCAUUUUCAAAUUAUUGUUUGUUGUAAUAUUAAUUUUAUUAUUGAUAAUAUUGUACUCUUUACAAAAUAACGAUGACAAAUUUACAUUUGAUUCCUUUAACAAUGUCACUGGGUCACCAUACAAAAUCAUCCCGAAUACAGUACACUACAUAAUAUUUGGCUCUUCGUCACUUAAUUUCAUUUCUUUUUUAUCAGUGGUUUCUGCAAUAAAGGUUCAGCAAGGAAAUAUAUGGAUCCACUGUGACUGCGAUGAGCUUUCGGGUCACUACUGGUCUCUGAUCAUGUCGCUGUCAAGUCUCUCGAGAGUACCAGUCAAGGUGAGCUCCAUGAGGAGACCCACCCACGUGUACGGCCAACCGCUGAGCUCGGUGUACCACUCGUCUGAUGUGGCUCGGAUACAGGUGCUGAUGGAGAGUGGUGGAGUGUAUCUGGACACAGACAUGGUUGUGCUCCAGCCCCUGGACAAGUUUCUACAUUACGAGAUGGUUGUGGGCUGGCCGUACAAGGAAUAUUUUGGAAAUCAGAUAAUGAUUGGACAUCCGAAGGCAAGAUUUCUACAGAAGUAUCUCGAGAGCUACAGGCGCUACUUGCCACGAGAGUGGUACUAUAAUGGGGGCCAGGUGCCGACGGAGCAGAUUCUGAUGCGGUCACCACACCUGGUACACCGAGUGCCGGAACUGUUCGGGGUGCACAACCUGGUGGAUCAGCUGUACGGCACGGCGCAGUGGACGGCGUGGCGGCGCUACCAUGCGGUACAUCUGCUGAGCAGGCACCAUACCGAUCCACAGCAUCUCAACGAGACGACGGUACAGCAGUAUGACCGGCCGUUUGGUGAGAUUGCUCGAUGGGUCCUGUAUGAACUCAGUCCGACCUUGGACGUUGAGAGAGCAACUUGGGUGGAAUAGCACCCCACCGAGUUAUAAAUGUUGUAGAAAAUUUGUAAAUUUUGUAAAUAUUGUUAUUUUAAAUAAUUACGAAACCGAGAACUUAAUAUAUACAACUUAUGAGUCUUAACUCUUUUAUGACGAUAUACAUUUUGUAAUUUUUUCUGGCACAUACUUUUGGAAUGGCUAAUUUCUUUCUGAAGGGUGUACUGAAGAGGACAAAAGUAGAAAAGGGAAAAUGAAAAAUGUAUUAAAAUACAUUAUAAGUAUUCUAUUAUUGUAGUAUUAUUGGUUGGAAAAUAAGGAUAAAUAAAAUGAUGUAAUAACAUUACAAAAUAUCAAAUUAGCACUAAGUACAUGUGUUAUGCAAUGAGUAAAAGGUGUACAUGACGUAACAUAUUUGUUGAAAGGUUAUGGGAAGUACGUUAGAAUAAGGAUUAUAGUUUUAUGAUGUUUUGUGACUCAAACAUUGAAACAAAAACAUGACCAUGUAUAGCCCACAUUGGUUUCUUGGACAACGCAAAUUGUGGGCUAUACUUGUCCUAAAAGAUUUAAUACUACAUAUUUUUGUUGAUACUCAUUGUCUUUCCUGCUAAACUGCACAUUCCCUAUUUAAAUGUUUUUUUAUUCAAUUUAAUUGAGUAAUAAUUCUUUUCUAUUAGUGUUAGAAUUUAAAUAUGUUUUAUUUAUGGAAUGAAAAGUCCAUUGUAACCACAUAGGCAAAGAUAAUUCUAUUUGACAAAAUGCGUAAUUUUAAUUUUUUAACAUUUUUACAAAAGUUAUUUUAGAAUAAAUUCAUGUAUUAAAUAGAGUUUUUAUUGUUAUAGAGCCACUUAUUUAAUUUUAUAUCAAGACAUUAGACUACUUGAAUGUUUAAUUGUGAUUUUAAGCUUAUACAGUUCUUUAAGUAAUUAUUAUCAAUUCAAAUGUAAAUCUAAGGUUGGUGAAAAAUGAUGUUUGAAAAGAUUUACUUAUUUGUAAAUUGUUAUAAAAUAUUUGUAUUCAUAUCUUAUAAAUUAGUAAAAGCGUUUUAUAGCAUAAGUUUAUUGAAUAUAAAUUACUAUGAUGUGAUAUUGUCAUUUUGAGGUUAAGUUAUGGGUGGUUUAUACCACACUACAAUUACGAUGUUUUUUACUAUAUUUAUUUAUUUAUUUUAUAUUGCAAUUAAAAUAUGUUUACACAA